UUUCAUGUACUUCUGAUUAUAAUGUCAAAUACUUUUGGGUUCCCUGUGGAAAACUAUUACUUUAAGGUCAGCGGUCAAAUUUCAAAAUACAAAAUGGCGGCAACUUAUCAGGAACGCAUUUUAGCUGAAAGAAAGCGAAUUCACACGUAUGUUUUCGACGUUGCGUUUUCUCCAUGUGGUAAUUUUUUUGCAGCUUGUAACAACUUUGGUAACAUCGCAGUGUUCAGUUUGUCCUCAGCACUUGCUCCAGAUGCAGACUCGCAAAGUAGAAAACCUUUGUUCACCUUUCAAGCUCAGAGUGGACCAAUCUACACACUCUUAUCCACAAACACAUUUCUUAUCAGUGGGGGAUCAUCAGAUAUCAAUGGAUGGCGCUGGGAUGAUAUUCUAGAAAUGUCAACUGGGUCAUCAUGGAUACUGACUCCUCCAUCAAGUUCAGCAGAUGCACCUGAAACCAAUUCUCUUGUUUAUGACAAGGAGAGCAAUGUUCUUUUCUCUGGUUGUGGAGACAAUAAUGUGUAUGCUUGGGAUUUAGAAAUGGGUUCCUGUAAGAAUACCUUCAAAGGCCAUACYGACUAUAUCCAGUCACUUGCCCUACGCAGUACAAGUAAUGAGUGUUUAAGUGGAUCAGAGGAUGGAUCAGUAAGAUUUUGGGAUUGCAGGGCAGGAUCUAUGACAAACAUAGUAGAACCAUAUAAAGAUAAGAAUCUCAAUAGACCUAAGUUUGGUAAAUGGAUUGGAUGUACUGCCUUAGACCCUAAUGAAGAAUGGAUGGCAUGUGGUGGAGGACCAAGAUUGUCUAUAUGGCAUCUACGCUCGUUAACAUGCACAAGUAUACUAGACACACCUGAUUCUUGUCAACAGAAUGCUUUAUUUUAUGAAGAUACAAUUUUGUCAUCUGGUACAGAAUCAUCAAUUUUUCACUGGCAAGUUAAUGGCGAAUUGAGAUCAAAAGUGCCUUGUACUGCUUCAUCUGUUUAUGCCAUGAGAGUGAACUCAACACAUAAGCAGGUUUUACUUGUUGGAGGAAGCUCAGCAAACAUUGAUGCUUACAUAAACUUUGGCUACAAAGCUUUUUCAUUUACAUUUUCAUGAUUCCAUUUGCUGUUGACAUCAUCAUUCACAUGACAAGAACAUAAGACGCGCGACCUAUGUGUUUCCUGAAGUGACAUUUUUCACUUCUUGAAAAAAAGGAAAAAUACUUGAGAAAGCAAGAGUAAGGGUUGAUCCAGGGGGUGAUUAGGGUCGCUAGGUAACCCCCAUCCUUUUAGGGUCAAGAAAUGUAGAACAUGUAAUUAUGAUAUAAAUUAAUAAAUGCAGUUCAACCUAAAUUUGACUCAUUCUGAAAGGAAUUUCAUUUUUCUGCAACCUCAUUAAUGAAUCCUUUGAAUAUUUGUUCUUGAGUUAGUCACCCCCUCUUUGAACAUUCUGGAUCUACCUCAGUAGAGAUUAUAGAAGAAUGACCUCAAUGCGUAUAGCUAAACCAUUGUGAUAUCACUGCAUGUGACAUCCAAUAAAAACACAAAACAUGUUAAGAUAGCUAGAGGAAUACUGGAAAUACUUUAAACUUGCUUUUUAUAUCAAUAAAAUAAUCUUUUACAAAUUAAUUCUUUUUUGAAUUUGAUUGUUUCAAACAAAUUUGUAAACAUUUGUUAAUUUUUUCACUUUUACUUGUUGUAUUAUUUAGUAGUAAGAGAUAAAUAAUUAAUAAAUGUUUUAGCAUA